CUUGCUCAUGUCACCAUGUAUAUCUAACAUAUGCCACUAUGUAUGAACAAGCUCUCUGCAAUGGCACCCAGAGUUCUUUUUUUCCUGUCUCUCUCUAUUAUUCUCUACUUCUCUAAUGGACAAACCUGGAUCAAAUCCGGCUACUGGUAUUCCGGUAGUGAAUUCCCUGUUCCUGACAUAAAUUCUGCUCUCUUCACUCACCUAAUGUGUGCUUUUGCUGAAAUAAACUCUUCUACAUAUGAGGUCUCCAUCUCCCCAUCUGAUCAACCAUACUUCUCCACCUUCACCAGCAUUGUCAAGAAGAAAAACCUGUCGAUUAAAACGCUUCUAUCAAUAUGGGGUGCAAAAGCAAACUCUUCAAUCUUGUCUUCAAUGGCCAGUCAACCAUCUUACAGAACAUCUUCCAUCAAGUCUUCGAUAAAAAACAGCUCAGCUUUAUGGGUUUCAUGGCCUCGACCUUUGGUGGAUUUUGCCAAAGUCCGGCACAGACAUGACCAAUAUGGACAUCCUCCUUGACGAGUGGUGAUCUGCUGUGAAUUCUCUGCAAAGAAAAUCAGGAGAGUCAGAAUUGAGCUUGACCGU